AUGGAGGAUUGGACAGAUAUAGUGUCUGAAUCUGAAGCUGAUCUUGAUCUUCAAAUCGAAGCAGUCACUGAAAGCUCUGAGUCUUCAGACGAAGAAGACGAAAUUUCAAAGACCUACCUAAUCCAAGGCAAAAAGCUCCGACUGCCUAAAUUAAUUGAGCAAGUAGAUUUACUCGAUGUUUUUACAGUUGACGUCUGGAGUGACUUAAUCACUGACAAAGAUCGUUCUGAGCUCAUUUCGCUUCUUCCGUCAUCCAAAGUAAAUCAAACCCUUGAAGAAUUAUUCACCCACCAAAUCUUCCAUAUGUUCAAUCCUAUUCAAGAAUUCAGUGAAAAAAUCUGCAAAGGACACUAUACUUCAGCCCAUAAACGAGUAUCUAGGCAUGCAAAAGCAUUAUUUGACGACGAUUUAUACCAGUACACAACCAAAUUAAAGACCGAACUCCCUGAAAAAUUAAAAUCACUAUCAUAUGAAGCUGCAAAAAGUGUCUGGAUCAGAAGAAAAUUGGCUUAUCAUGAGUUUGAAUCAGACAGUUCUAGUGAUGAAAGUGUAUUUAGCCAUGACUUUGAUGAAUGCACAAGUGGAGACUCAACCAUUAUUGAUGAGGAAGAAGAAGCUUUAUAUGAGAUUGCAGAGAAGCCGAGAAAAGGGGAGGACGAAGAAAAAGAAAAUGAGCUUAAAAAAGUGGGGAACUUAGACUGGGUUAAGUACUCAUCAAGAUUUAAAGAUUUAAAUAUACACAAAAAUCAGCUCACUAUUAGGAUGUCUUCGCUAGAAUGGGUUGAAAAGUAUAGAAAGCAAGAAACUGAUAGAUAUAAUAACCCAACUCUCCCAUGGGCUUACCAAUUGGAAGAUGGGACAAUUGCAAUUGUAGCUCCUGUGUGCAAAAAAUUGACGUCAACUAAUAUAAAGCCAAGAGACCAUCAAUGUCUGAAGCCAGAUAGACCAGCUUAUUUGACACUGCUUUCUAUUACAAGAGAUGCUGCAGCAAGAUUGCAAGAUGGGGUAGGCACCAGAGCUGAUAUCUGUGCGCUUGUAAGAGACAGCCAGUUUAUCGUAGAAAAUGCUUCUGACACUCAGAUUUCUAACUUGGUAAGUGGAGCACUUGACAGGCUACACUACGAAAAAGAUCCUUGUGUUAAAUAUGAUCCAGAGCGCAAGCUAUGGUUUUACUUACACAGAGGAAGAGGGCUCGAUUUUGCAGGCUGGAGAAGUGAGCUUCCCGUCAAGCGCGGAAGACCUGCAGUCACCCACGUCCAAGAAAUAGCCACAAAAGAGUAUUUGCCUCCAUAUCUUGAAGAAGACGAAGUCACCAAAAGAAGAAAAGGUAAAUAA